UUCCUCCCUGUGAGAGAACGCCGUCCAUCUACACUUUCCUCCGUCAUGAAGUCUACGCUAUUCCUUUUGCUUCUCGCCGUCGUCGCUAUUGCGCAGAAGGAUACUUCCGGGGACGACGACGAACAGGACGACAACGAUGAGACAAGUACCGACGCGGACGACUCGGACACCACCACCCAUCACGGCUCCAAGACAGCAUCGAGUUCGAAACAUACCGAGUCUGCUCAGCCGAACUCACAGAAGUGUAUCGUCGGCUGCACGGCCCCUAUCGCCAGGCAGUAUGGCUGCACGUCCAUCCGUGAUUUCCCUUGCGUAUGCAAUUCAGAGGACUUCAUGAGCGAUAUGGAGAACUGCCUGAAGAAGGAAUGCACCGCGGACCAGAGGGACUCGGCGGUAGGCAUGAUCAAAGGGAACUGUGGCGCAUAUGCCACGAAGACCAGCAUGCUUGCCACGCAAAUAUCAACACAAGAAGCUGGCUGGGCUAACUACGGCAACGGCGCUUCGCACGUACAUCUAUCGUUCAACAACCUCAUGGGUGCCGGAUUGGCAACUGCAGGAGGUUUCUUCGUUGGGGCGAUAGCCGUAUUAUAACUUUCACCCCGUUGCUGUUCACUGCUUCGCUCCUUCGUCUGCUAGAGAAUUCCGUCAGCGACCCCUGCCGUUACUUUCCCAGAGUUGAUUUCUUUUCGCUCCUCCUCUUUCAUUCUUCGCACUCAUGUGCUUCUCUGGACUUUUCUUCCGCGGAAGCAACAGUAUCUAUCGUAGACAUUUCUAUCUAUCCCCUACUUUAUUUAUCCAUUUCUCCAAUAUUCGUGACACUCGAGACCGGACAUCCGAGACCAACAGCCUCGAGAACUUUGUCGAUGCCUGCAAUGUUGGUGGCCCCAGCGGCAUGCUCAA